CGUGCCCCCACUACAACGGGCUAGAGGGCAGAAUGUCCCUGGGUUUGGGGGGUUCCUGCCAGUCCCUCCACUCCCUGCCCCUCCAGUCACGGAUUCCAUCGCCCUCUACUUGGCUUAAUAUCAGCUGUCUAUUUCUGGGGUCUCUUGCCUUGGUUUCACUAUGCCACCCCUCUAUCCCUAAUGAGGCCGUUUAGGUGAGGGAUUUAUGGGGACAGCCGGGUGGCUCAGUGAACUGAGAGCCAGAUUUAGACACCUAGAGAGGGCCUGGGUUCCAACCUGGCCUCAGACACUUCCUGGCUGUGUGACCCUGGGCAAGUCACUUGACCCCCCUUGCCUAGGCUUUACCACUCUUCUGCCUUGGGACCCAUACACAGGAUUGACUCUUAAGACAUGGUAAGGGUUUAAAAGAAAAAGAGUUGAUUGACAAAUGUGGUUUCAGACACUUCUUAACUUUGUGACCCUGGACAAGUCACUUGACCCCCCUUGCCUAGGCUUUACCGCUCUUCUGCCUUGGGACCCAUACACAGGAUUGAUUCUAAGAUGGAAGGGGAGGGUUUAAAAUAAAAACAGGUGAGGGAUUUACCCCAGUUGUCCUCUUUUACCCCUCUAGCUUGUGAGUUAAACUCACCUGCCUGGUUUCCUGCUCUACCUCCCCCCUCCCAAGCAAGUGGCAAGUACUGCCAGCUCCCUCCACUCACGUCACUGGCAGGUGUUGCCACAACACGCCUCUGGCAUCUAGGCCCCUGCCUGGUACCUGGAAAGCUGGCCUGCCAAAACCCUGAGCAGAGCCGGCCUAGAAAGGCCCUAAGGCCUGUGGAGGAAACCCAGCCCAUUUGCUUUCUGCUGGCAGUCUCCAGAUGUCAUGGACCUGGAUCUGUCCUUGCCCCACCUCUCCAACUCCUCAGAUGACCCAAGCCCUGAGCCUGGGACCCCUCCUGGAACUCCACCAGGGUCUAAUGCUCAUCUUCCUGGAGAACUGAAGAGAUCACAGCCCCUUUCCAUCCAAGCCAGCAGGAAACUUAGAGAAGAAGAGCUUCGAGCCUCAUCUCUGCCAGCUAUUCCCAACCCUUUCCCUGAGCUCUGUAGUCCUCCUUCUCAGUCACCCAUCCUGGGGGCCCCCUCCUCAGGGCGGGCCUUCCUCCCAAGAGCUACCAGUGGUACCCAUGUGGUGAAGGUGUACAGUGAAGAUGGGGCAUGCCGGUCCGUGGAGGUGGCGGCAGAUGCUACAGCCCGACACGUGUGUGAAAUGCUGGUGCAGCGGGUACAUGCCCUGAGCGACGAGAGCUGGGGGCUGGUCGAAUGCUUUCCCCACCUUGCACUGGAGAGGGGGCUAGAGGAUCAUGAAUCAGUGAUAGAGGUGCAGUCUGCCUGGCCUGUUGGGGGAGAUAAUCGUUUCGUCUUUCGAAAAAACUUUGCCAAAUAUGAGCUUUUCAAGAGUUCCCCACAUUCCCUGUUUCCAGAGGUAAUGGUCUCCAGUUGUCUAGACACCAACACUCGCAUGAGCCACGAGGAGCUUAUUCAGAACUUCCUGAAUGCAGGUAGCUGCCCUGAGAUUCAGGGCUUCCUCCAGCUACGGGGAUCAGGACGCAAGCACUGGAAACGUUUCUAUUGCUUCCUACGUCGCUCUGGCCUCUACUAUUCCACCAAGGGCACCUCCAAGGACCCCCGGCAUCUCCAGUAUGUGGCUGAUGUAAAUGAGUCCAAUGUAUACCUAGUGACCAAGGGCAGAAAGCUCUAUGGGAUGCCCACCGAUUUUGGCUUUUGUGUUAAGCCUAACAAACUGCGCAGUCCAAAGGGACUUCGGAUUUUCUGCAGUGAAGAUGAGCAGAGCCGCAGCUGCUGGGUGGCUGCCUUCCGCCUCUUCAAGUACGGAAUGCAACUUUACAAGAAUUACCAGCAGAUGCAAUCCCGCCGAAUUCGCCCAUCCUGGUUUGGUCCCACCCCCCUGAGGAGCGUCUCAGACAAUACUCUGGUGGCCAUGGACUUCUCUGGUCAUGGCGGACGGGUCAUUGAGAAUCCCAGAGAGGCUUUGAGUGCAGCACUGGAAGAAGCCCAGGCCUGGAGGAAGAAGACCAAUCACCGAUAUAGCCUACCUACGCCUUGCCCGAGCAGCACAUUCAGCUCAGCCAUUCAUCGCUCCCAACCCUGGUUCCAUGGUCGCAUCUCUCGAGAGGACACCCAGAGGCUCAUCGGAGAGCAGGGCCUGGUGGAUGGUGUGUUUCUUGUACGAGAGAGUCAGCGGAACCCCCAAGGCUUUGUCCUAUCCUUGUGCCACUUGCAGAAGGUGAAACACUACCUCAUCCUCCCGAGUGAAGAUGAGGGCCGCCUCUACUUCAGCAUGGAUGAAGGGCAAACACGUUUUACUGACCUCUUGCAGCUUGUGGAAUUUCAUCAGCUCAAUCGUGGCAUCCUGCCUUGCCCACUGCGGCACUGCUGCACCCGGGUAGCCCUCUGAGUGGGUGACUCCUGACAACUUCUUCCCUCCCACACAGAGAUAUCUUGUCUCUCUCAUCCUCCCCUACCCCUGGCCAAAACAACAGGGGGAUCCUCCUCCUCCCCCUCCCACCAACCCUGUACCUCAGUGGCCUUGGAAGACAUGCCCCCACUUCUGUCUGACUCCUCAAAACUAGGGUUCGUGGGUCAAUGCACUUUGGAUCUUGGUGGGAACACAUGCAUCCGCAAGGAGCCCAUUCUUCUUUCUCUCUCCUGCUGUCUUUUCCUUCUCUUUCCUGUCUCUCUUUUUUCUUUCUACUUGUCUUCCUUUCUUCUUGUGCUCUCACUUUCAAAUCUUCUAACUCUUCUGUCCUUUCUCUCCUUCCCAUCCAAGCAUAAGAAUUUCCCCCUCCCCUUCUGCCCAUUUUUAAGCCAAGACUCUGGGAAUGGAUUUUUUCCUCUCUCCCCCCAGCACUGAGCUCCUGGUUCUCUCUCAGUCUCUAAAGCUGUGGAACCUUGGGCAGGGCAUUAUGGGAGAACUGGGGGACUGGGUAGGGGAGCCCCUACCCUUGUACAGAUUGAGUGGCCAGUUGAUCUGCCUUGUUUUAUACCAGUGGCAAUAAAAGUUAUUUUUGGA